UUAGCUCAAUGGUACGCUUCGAGCAGCUGGCAGUAAAGAAGAGGUUAGCGCUAUCGUCUUUGGAUCCAACGGUUGCAGCUUCGAGUCCCCUCUCCGGCUGUAAUACCCUGAGUGAGCAAGGUAUUUACCCUAGGCUAAAUUGCCCCAGUAAAAAUUUCCUAGAAGUAAUUAGGGAGAUUAACGUUGUAAAUGCUUGCUGUAUAUAUAUAUAAAUGCCCCAGAUACAGAAAACUACGAGGAGCCACGUCACGUGUACUCUGUUCUGUUCAGUCACAACUCGUGAAGUGACGCGUGACAAGUGACAGUGAGAUUUAACAGCUUCGUUCGUAUUUGACGGGAAGGAGCGUGGCUGCGCCAACACACCCAUGACAACAUCUGCGUGUCUGUAUGUGUGGGCUGGUAGGUCGGAAAGUGCAACCUGAUCCUCCCUAAGACCUGCCCACCUCCUCGGGGAGCCUCGCACUCCACACACGCUCCGUAUGCAUCAUCAUACACACGAUCAUCUUCGAUCAUCGAUUCCUAGCAGUGCGACCCAGUGUUUGUUUGUGUGCGUGUGUACGCCGCUAUGGGAUUGUUUCCAAAGUUGGAGGAGUGAGGAUCGCAUCAACGCUCGUUUGCCGCCAGAAGGAGCUUCGUGCCCAGCGGAGCAGCGUGUCCCCGGGACAUGGAGCCCAUCACCAAGUGGUCGCCGAGCAGCGUGGUCCAGUGGAUGAGAGGACUGGAUGACAGCCUCCAGCAAUACGUCCAAAACUUUGAGCGUGAGAAGAUAAACGGCGAGCAACUGCUGAAGAUCUCUCACCAGGACUUGGAGGAGCUGGGUGUGACACGGAUCGGGCACCAGGAGCUCAUCCUGGAAGCUGUGGACCUGCUGUGCGCUCUGAACUAUGGCGUGGAGACAGACACCCUGAGGAACCUUGUGGCUCAGAUGAGAGCGGCAUCCAACAACUUGCACAACCACGCAUCAGAGCACAGGAAAAGCCCCGCCUAUGAUGGAGGCACCACACGCAAACCUCCCAACGAAUUCCUGACCUCCAUGGUGGAGCUUAUCGGAGCAGCUAAGAGCCUGCUAGCCUGGCUGGACAGGACGCCACUGGCAGGGAUCAGUGACUUCAGUGCCACCAAGAACAAGAUUAUACAGCUGUGCCUGGAUCUGACCACCACAGUGCAGCAGGAUUGCACUGUUUAUGAGAUGGAAGAAAAGAUUUUGAAAGUGUCCAAGGUUUUGAAUGCCAUCUGCGACCAAACUGUGAGAACAACCUCAGACCCUCUCAUGAGUCAGGCAAUCAGCUUGGAAGAGGUCCAGCUCUCCAACAUUCGACCUGGUGAAGGACUGGGUAUGUACAUCAAAUCUACAUAUGAUGGGUUACACAUCAUUACUGGGACCACAGAAAAUUCUCCCGCAGACCGAACGGGAAAGAUCCAUGCUGGAGAUGAAGUCAUCCAGGUCAACCAGCAGACGGUGGUUGGCUGGCAGCUGAAGAACCUGGUGGCUAAACUGAGGGAAGAUCCAGCAGGUGUGGUGUUGGUGGUGAAGAAGAGACCUACCAGCUCCUCGGGUUUUGCCCCUGCUCCCUUGAAAAACAUGCGAUGGAAGCCCCCCCUUGUGCAGAGCAUCUCCAGUCCACCCAAGACACAGUGCCCCAGCAUAGCUGACUCUGUGAAGAAGGAGAAACCAGCCAUUCUGGACCUGUACAUCCCUCCUCCUCCAGCUGUUCCGUACACCCCUAGAGAGGGGAGGACAAGCGUAUACACGGGUGAGAGCGACAAGCCCAAGGGCUCAGAGUCGCCCAAUUCCUGUCUGGACAAGGAGGGGAGGAGGCGUUUCCCUGAGGCGGACUACGAGAGUAGGCUGCCAUCAUACCCCGUAGAGGUCAAUGUGCUGCAGGAACGGAGGAGAGAGCGGACUUCCUCGCAUGGUAAGCCACGCCCCCUAUCCAUGCCUGUGGACACCUGUGUGGGUACAAGUGACCCUUACCCCAGGCCAUGGGUGCAAGGAGGAAAAGGGGGUGCGAUCAUGCACAGGUACCUGAGCAAUGAAAAAAUCCCCACCAUUUCCGGAGAAAGCCCGCCAUUCCAUCUCCCCAACAGGCCGGCUGGCGACAGGCCACUGUUCCGCAGGGUGGACCACAUCCGGAGCAGCCACUACCUUGUUAACGCUGAUCUGCACAACAGCUCCACCAUGCCCUACCAGGAGGACCUGCCUAAAAAGCCUGCUGUCAGCGCAGCUCCCAAAUCACCCCCCCCAGAGACCUCGCUGCUAGGCAGCUGGAUUGCCCGGCUCAAGUUACUGACCCACUGAUGGUCGUGCGUUCCACUAACCUUCGGGGCUCUCUGACUGUCCACAGUGCCUUUAGUCUGCUGCCAUGCAGUAUUAGCUGAAAGAAGCACCGCCAUGUUCCAGUAGGACUCUAUACAGUGUCUCAGUGAUCCAAUAACACCCACUGUGUAGAGGAUGCAGCAGAAAGCGACAGUGAACAAAAAGCAGGUAGUACAGUGGUUAACCACAGGCCUUGCAACCUCGAGGUGAAAAGUUCGAGAAAGGGCCCGGUUGUUAUUCCCUUCAGCAGGGUGUAAAAUCUAAAACGGUACAGUAAAAGAGCCAGAUGUAUAUAAAUAGGUAAAGACUAUGAGAUGAUUUGCUUUGAUUGAAGGGGGUGUGGUGGAUUCAGCUGGUGUCUGCUGUGUGGUAGGUCUGGGGUUCAAGCCCUGCGUC